GUCAAGACCGCCGCAGACGGAGUUGACGCUCGGUCAAUUGAUUCCAUGGGCCUCUUCCGAAGUUGAAUGUCCUUGUUUGCCACAAAUGAGAUUUCGACACACGACGAGUCUUCUGCUCUCACAAAAACUGCACGUUUCCCUUAAAUCUCUUUGGUUGGCUAUACAUCAGCUCAAUCUUCCUUUGCGAGUCAAAGCUUUCAUCGAAUUUUCCAAAAGUCCCAGCGAAUACUAGUAGUUCGUUUUUGACAUAUUCACUGCUAUACUCCCGUACCACCAGUUUGAUCAGCGACAGCCAAUGCCGUGAUUGCAACUUACCUCGUGGUACUCUGAUACGAUGAUCACACAGAUCAAACUAUAUUCGACCUAAGAUCUAAUCUCUAGCAUGUCGACUCUCCCGUUUGACAGUCCUAGCAGGCGAUGGGAGCGCAAGAACUCGCAGAGCUGGCGGCAGCCUCAAGCCGCCCACCGAUCGCGACGAUCCAUUCUCAUAGCCAUAGCAUGCAUCCUAUGUCUGGGACUGUGGCACCAUACUCGCUCCUCUCCUCCUUCACUCUCCCCGAACCGACAUGAACUCGGAGAAGGUGAUGCAGAUUUCCUAUCUUUGAUAGAUCGGAGGUCGCUACCAGAAGAUGCAGACUGGCCUUUCGUGGCACCAGCCGUGGACAGGACACACCCAAAGAGCUUCAAGCCGGAGGUCAAGUCGAUACUGCACAGCGAAGGAACGGAAGAAGAAGAUCAGCGCCUCGUUUUCGAAGAGAACUCACAAAAUUCAGUGGAUACUGAGGGCACCGUCAGCGACACAGGUGCCAGCCCGAAUCAAGCGACCAACGACCUUCCCCUUGAGCCAGGAAUCGUGGUCACAUCCGGAGAUGGAUCCGGAGAUAUAUUUAUAGAGCCACAAAUCGUGGAAGUGCCACCAGACCGGUUGCAAAAAGGGCCCGUGGCAGUGCAGGCAAACCUGGAUCCAGAAACGGAGAAGGCGCCGUUGAUAUCAUCGCCUGAUCAGCCGGUGAAGGAGAAAAUCAUCGAAGCCGAGCCGCUUGAUCAUCUGAGCUUGGAGGAGAAAGCCGACAGCCUGCCAGAGGUCGUCCAUAUCCCCUUUGAAGAUGCCGUCAAGGACGAAGUGCUGCACGGAUGGGAGGACGACUGGGUGGCGCAUGCUUCUUACGAUUCGAAGAAAUGGGGAAAGUUGGAGGAGCCCAAGAUCGAUUUCGUGUACCUGUGGGUGAACGGAUCUGAAGAGUCCUUCCAGCGAACGAAGCGUCCUUUCGAGGAAAAUUCCGUCCUUAACGACGAAGACGGGAAAUGGAUCAAGUCGCACGGGGUCAACCGCUAUCGGGACUGGGACGAGCUUCGGUACUCACUUCGCAGUGUUGAACGAUAUGCAUCAGAUUUCCGCAACAAGAUCCAGAUCGUGGUGAACUCGGUGGAUGGCACAGAGGCGGGCAAGCAGGUCCCGAGCUGGCUGAACAACGAACGAGCCACGAGAGAAGUGGUUCAAGUCAUUGCACAAGAAGAAUUUUUCGACCGGGAAAAGCAUGCCUGCUUGCCGACUUUCAACUCUCUGACGAUCGAGAAUCAGCUGUUCAACACCCCGUCAGACACGGACUAUUUAUACGCCUUGUCCGACGACAUGCUUCUGGGCAAGCAACAUGCUGCGUCCGACAUAUACUCGCCGCUCUUCGGCUCUGUUAUGGGCUUCAAAACCAACGCCUACAGCACAACACAGCCGCCGAGUGAGGUCGAUGCGCAACGCUUCGGCGAGAAGCCAUAUCUGAUCUACACGUCGUGGUUGCUGAAUCGCAGGUUCGGUAUUCGAAAGCGCAAAGGUCAGGGCCAUUUUGGGCAUGCUCUGUCUCGGAAGAUCAUGCGGGAGGCAAUAUCUUCGUUCCCAGGACCCGAAUUGCAGAGUGCCUGCAAAAGAUUCCGUGGAGAGCCCGGAUUCCAGUUGUAUUCCUGGUACGUAACCUUUCACUACCUGAUUGAAAGGCAUCGAGAAGCUCUGCUUUGGAGUUACAUCAUGCUUCGGAGCGAUGUGGACAACGAUGGUAAUUUGUCGUGGGAAGAGCGCCAGACCAUGAUGCAAGAUUUGGAGGCCGGCAUGAAAAAUGAAGGCCGAACCACAUUCCGCAGACGAAACUAUUAUCAUGUGCAUCAGCUGUUGCAAAAGGCGGGAUUGCAAUCACCAAAGGUCAACACGGAUGUUCUCUGGACGUCUUUGGACGGACCAGCCACGAUCCAAAAUGCGGACUGUAUCGAGUUCGACGUGAAUGAAUGUCUGGCCCCAGGAUUCUCGGUGUCUUCCACAGAUGCCUUCUCCAAAAACCCGGUGUUUUCCACGUCGAAUGUUUUCGACCGGCUGGCGAGACAAGAGCCAAAAUGUGGAGAUUGCUUGCUCAAGUUGAUACUCAACAAAACCCCAAAGGGAUUGGCACCUUUGCUACCACGGGCCGACACCCAGGCACGGCAGAGAGAACUUGUCAUCAAGGCAGUGAUGCGUUAUCGUUUCUCCAUCAUCAAUCCAGACGCCCUUUUCGUCAUGGUGACCGAUGCCGAACAAGUUGACAGCACACUCGUCAAUCGGUAUGUUCGUGGAAAGAAACAGCUGGCCGGCCAGUUGUGCUUGAACGAUGAUGUUUCGACCAACGAUCCGCAAGAGCUUGCUGAUGUCAAGCAAGCCAUGACUGAAUUGUAUAAUGGGCUGUUUCCGGACCCCAGUCCCUUCGAGAAGUGAUGUCGAUUCAAACAAUCACUUGACGACAUUAUGAACUGAUUGUUGCAUUGAGCCAUAGAAUUGAGCAUCCAAAAUUCAUCCGGAAGGGAGUUUGCUUUGAGCCGCAGAGCGGCGUCUUCUUGUGUCACUCUGUGAGGGACAUCUGUCGAAAGAUACUACUGUUAUAAACCAAGUGACGAAUGUUGCUAAGGCCUGUGAAGAGAGUUGUCCGCCGGGAUGGCAAGAACAAUUAAAAAGGAAGAGAAUGUGAUAUAUGACAGCAAGCUUUACUGUGUAUAGUACAUGGCACUGAUGGCACCAAUAAGAUGAGCUUGGCUUGGACAAGACCUAGGUUCCAGCAGUACCUAGCCUCGCUAGGUGCCUAGGGUAUUUAGGCCUUCGGGUAGCUGCUUGGGGUCAUCAUGGGUCCAAUAUACACUUUGUCUCCC